UUUUACCUUAAUAUUUUAAGAUAUAUUUUAUAUUGAUUAGAAGAUAAGAAGAAAUAGAUAUUUAUUCUGUUUGUUUGAAAAAAAUUAUUAUAAAGUUAAUUUCUAUAUAAAAAAAAGUUCAAAAGCUAUUAAAUAAAAAUAAUAAUAAUUAAUAAGUGAGUGAAGAAGGAGCUAAAGCUGAACCAACCAACGACAACGAGCGCUUACUCUGUUUCCGCCAUUAGUAGAGACUUCAGAGCUUAAUGGAAGACCCAACUUCCCACUUCCUCAACGACCGUAUCAAGCUCAACGUCGGCGGUAAGCUCUUCGAGACUACCGUUUCCACUCUCCGCUCCGGUGAACAAGACUCUCUCUUAUCUGUCCUUUCCAACCGCCCAACUCCCGACCCCAAUCCCAUUUUCAUUGACCGCGACCCGGCGAUCUUCUCCGUUCUACUCUCUCUUCUCCGAUCGAACCGUCUACCUUCUACGGCUCGUCGCUUCUCCAAACAGGAACUCGCCGAUGAAGCUCUCUAUUACGGAAUCGAAUCGCAGCUCAAGUCUGCCAUGUCUCCCCCUCCCUUAGAUGGAAUCGAUGCUUCAGUCGUUUCCACUGUGCGUCCCGCUUCCGAGGGUAUCGCAUCAGCCUUUACCACUGUAGUCGAUGAUGGAUCGCUUUGGAUUGCCCAUGGCGGCCAGAUUUCGAGCUACGAUUGGAAUCUGAUCCAUACGGCAACAAUUCGAACGCAUUUGGAACACGUGACCUCGAUUUCCCGAGUUUACUCGGAACUCGCAGUGUUAGGGUCUGAGACCGCCGCGGGACUCCAUUUCUACGAUUUCUCCGGAGGCCGAAACGUCGGUUCCGUCCACUGGAGGGACCCGACUGAUCCGCGUAUAUUCAAAGCGCGCGUGAGUGCAAUCGCCAACUCGCCGAGCUCAGUUUUCGCUUCUUUCCAUUGUCCUCAUAAAGAGAACUCAAUCCUCGUGAUCGAUAAGUCAACUCUUCAAAUACAGUCCGAGCUUGGACGGCAGUCCGGUAGCUCGGCAAAGAAUUUGGUUCCCGGAAAGCUGACGUGGCUGCCGGAAACUGGUAUUGUCUUUGCAAGUUCUGUAACCUGUGGAGCAUUUGGGUUUUCUGGGUACAUUAGAUUGUGGGAUCCGAGGUCUGGGAACGUGGUUUGGGAGACGAACGAGCCAGGUUCGGGGCGAAGCGGGAGGUUUGGUGACCCAUUUGCCGAUGUAGGAGUCGAUGUAGAGGAUUCGACAUUGUUCAAGGUCUGUUCCAAGUCGGGAGAUUUGGCAAUGGCGGAUUUGCGUAGUUUAAAAGAGGAUCCAUGGAUAUACUUGCAAGACAACAACCCAAGCUUGAGGACUACUACUGCACUUGGUAACAUUGUGCUACACUGUUAUAACAAGCAAGUUUUUGUUGGAAGAGAUGGUGGUUUAGAGGUUUGGUCCAAAGUUCCCAACUGUAAAAAUGCAGCCAUGGAAAAAGAAAGUGGGGUUUGUGAAGGAUUGUAUAGAAGGAACUAUAUGGAUAAAGUGGAGGAUUCUGAGAGAGGGGUCAUUGAGAAAAUUGAAGGUGGAGGUCAAAGAUUGUUUCUUUGCAGACAAGAUGUUGAAGGCAUUGAAGUGUGGGAAAGCUCAAAUUCUUCCACUGUUGUGUCACUUCUUUGAGCUUUUUUCAUUUGGGCCUAAUUUUCAUUAGGAAGUGGAAGAGAGGCUUGAGUUUGGAUCUGUGAAGUUUGAGGUAUUGCUUCUCUUCAAUUUAUGCAGUGUGUUUGGUAUUCAUGAUAAAUUGCAUUGCACUACAAGCCAAUAUAGUAAAUAUAAUCAGACUUUUAUGACUUUUACCUUUGUAUACCAUUUACUGCAUAUAAUGCUAGUCAGAAACUAAUGUACUUGUAAAAGAUUAAAAAAAUUCGAGUCCUUUCCCGACCAAGAAAAAAAUGCUGUACAUUCUGAGAAGUAAAAGCAAUGUCUGCUAUAUUGAUCAAUAUCAUUGUUCAACAACUAGGCUGCAUUUGUGCAUUUGUGCCUCUCUGUAUCUUUGUUUCGCGAGGGUACGACGUACAUUUGACAAGUGGCUCAUGGCUUUCACUCCUUGGAAAAAUAUUUUGUGGAUGCUAAAUGGAAGUAGUAUUUGAGCACAAGUUUACUUUAUGUACUGAUUAAGUUGUAUGCUGAUUGUAGGUAGUAAAUGUAACUAAAUUUUUAGGAAAGAAUUGAAAGAAUGGUGAUUAAAUUCAUGAAUGGAACAUGUGUUGACGCUUUUUUUUUUGUUUAUACAUGUGUUGACUCGUACUGCAGCAUUUUCAGAAUCUCUCGAGUUAAAAUCAAGCUUAAAUUUUGGUCAGCCAGCUUCCAUAUUUGCUCUUGCACAAUCUGAGCCAGAUUUUCUUACAGCCUCCUUCUCCAGACUGACUCUCAAGAAUAAAUCACCUUCAUGGGAACUCGUGAACACAUUGAUAGCUGUGGAAGCCAAUGGAAACCAAGUAAACAUAAAAAAAAAAAAAAACAAUCAAGAAUGCAAAGGCCCACCCCAGAUCUUAGGCUUCAUCCUUAACAGUCAAUUUCUAGCCAUAUCUAGAUUGUCAACAUAUCUGAUCCAACCGUCAUUGUUGAUUGUCAGUAGAACCAAUUGACCAUCCUAUGAUUAGUACCACAAAAAUGUUGUAAAUUUGCUCAAAUGAGAUUCUGAUGUAUCGCCAAAGACGGGAUCACCUCAGUACUAAAGUGGAUGCGUCACAGGCAAUGUGAAUGAAGUAGGAGCUUGUUCAAUGAGACUAGCUAACAGAUCAGUACUAUCAAUGUAAUUAGUCAAAUCAAAUUCAUCUCCAUUACUACCGAAAAUUGAGUAUUGGUAUGGAUGUGAUUGUUUGUGGUUGUGCUGCUACUUCAGGAAAGAACAUUGUGGCUGCUAGUAGGCAGUACACUUAUACUGAACUUCAUUGGAGCCAAUCCCACUCGGUGUUGUUCACCUCCUCCCCCAUCAUAGCAGCCUCUCAAAUCUGGAAAAUGUAGAAGAAGAAGAGCAAAGAUACUGAUAUUGAUACCUUGAUACUGAUAUUAAGGCUUCUUGUUGGUGUAGGGUAAAAGAGUAAAAUUCCUACAAAAAAAAAAAUCUAUAUUAUCACUCAAUCAAUUAAAUCUUAAAUAUGACUUUUUUCCAUUGACUA